GGCGGCGGCGGCGGCGGUGGCGGCGGCGGCGGCGGCGGCGAGGUUGGAAGAGGCGGAGGACCGUGGGCGGCGGGGCCGGUGGCGGGUAGGAGUGUGAGGGCGGCGAGAGAUCUGAGGAGUAGUCGGGCCGGUGUGGCCGCCGCCGCCGCCAUGCAGGAAAUCAUCGCCAGCGUGGACCACAUCAAGUUCGACUUGGAGAUCGCGGUGGAGCAGCAGCUCGGGGCACAGCCGCUGCCCUUCCCCGGGAUGGACAAGUCGGGAGCUGCUGUCUGCGAAUUCUUUUUGAAAGCUGCCUGUGGCAAAGGGGGCAUGUGUCCAUUCCGCCACAUCAGCGGUGAGAAGACCGUUGUGUGCAAACACUGGCUGCGGGGGCUGUGCAAGAAGGGGGACCAGUGUGAGUUCCUACACGAGUACGACAUGACCAAGAUGCCCGAGUGCUACUUCUACUCCAAGUUUGGGGAGUGCAGCAACAAGGAGUGCCCCUUCCUGCACAUCGACCCCGAGUCCAAGAUCAAGGACUGCCCUUGGUAUGACCGUGGCUUCUGCAAGCAUGGUCCCCUGUGCAGGCACCGACAUACUCGAAGAGUCAUCUGUGUGAAUUACCUCGUGGGAUUCUGCCCGGAGGGGCCCUCGUGUAAAUUCAUGCACCCUCGAUUUGAACUGCCAAUGGGAACCACCGAGCAGCCCCCACUGCCACAGCAGACGCAACCUGCAACAAAGCAAAGUAACAAUCCGCCAUUACAAAGGUCGUCCUCCUUGAUCCAGUUAACGAGUCAGAACUCUUCUCCCAAUCAGCAGAGAGCCCCGCAGGUCAUCGGGGUCAUGCAGAGUCAAAACAGCAGCGCGGGCAACCGGGGACCGCGGCCGCUGGAGCAGGUCACCUGUUAUAAGUUUUGUCUUCACUUGGCUCAGGAGCCCUCACUCCAAGAAUGACUGUACCACAUCUCUUCUUGAAUAAGAAUGUAGUCAACACCUCUGCUACACCUCUGCUACAGUCCCAAAGCCUUCUUGCAUGCAGUGAGGAGUGUGAACGCAUCAUUCUAAAACCAACUGGCUUUAAAUAUGGCCACAUGGGGGGGCAGCGAGUGAGUGACGAAUAUAUAAAUGGAACUAGAAUGGCAGACGUUGCUAACUGUUGACACUGGGUCAUGAGUACUAAGUGUUCAUUACACUAUUGUUUCCUUUGUCUUUGAAAUCUUUGAAUAAUAAAAAAGUUUAAAAGUGCUUUUAA